CUCCGGCCUCCCUCCUUCCCUGAGCUCUACUAAGGUUUUGAUCGAUCGAUUAGUCAAUCAAUGGCGAUGGCUUCUUUUCUUACGUUUUCACCGACCAAUUCCAAUACGCGUUUGAAAAAGAUGACAAAUGCCGCCGCCGCUCCGCCUUACGAUUCGCCGAUUCGCCGAGAGUUUGCUGUUGCCAACGUGGCCGCCCAAAUUCAGGCGCCCGUUUCUGUCGAGCCCCAGCAGCAGCUGGCGGCAUGGACCAGUAUCCGGCAACACAGAUGGGAAGGAGAGCUCGUGGUUCAAGGUCAAAUACCAAAGUGGCUGAAGGGGACGUACCUCAGAAAUGGACCAGGUUUAUGGCACAUAGGGGAGUAUAAUAUGCGGCACCUAUUCGAUGGGUAUGCGACUCUUGUGGGGCUGCAUUUCGAGGAGGGCAGGAUAAGGAUGGGCCACCGGCAAAUCGAAUCAGAGGCAUACAAAGCGGCAAGCAAAAACCAAAAACUUUGCUUCCGCGAAUUCUCAGAGGUUCCCAAAGCCGAGAACUUCCUGGAGUAUGUGGGAGAGGUGGCAAAGCUAUUCUCAGGCGCAUCGUUGACCGACAAUGCCAACACCGGGGUGGUGGUGCUUGGCGACGGCCGUGUUCUGUGCUUGACGGAGACAGUGAAGGGAUCAAUUGUGGUGGACCCGGACACGCUGGACACCGUUGGGAAGUUUGAGUACACGGACUCUCUGGGCGGGCUCAUCCACUCCGCGCACCCCAUAGUCACUGCCGGGGAGUUCCUCACGCUGCUCCCCGACCUCAUCAACCCGGGAUACGUCGUCGUGCGCAUGCUCCCGGGAACUAAUGAGAGGAAGGUUGUGGGGCGGGUGAAUUGCCGAGGUGGCCCCGCCCCUGGAUGGGUGCACUCUUUUCCGGUGACCGAGCACUACAUCAUCGUGCCGGAGAUGCCCCUUCGCUAUUGCGCCCAAAACCUAUUAAAGGCGGAGCCCACCCCUCUCUAUAAGUUCGAGUGGCACCCUCAAUCAAGAGCCUUCAUGCAUGUCAUGUGCAAAACAAGUGGCCAAAUUGUGGCAAGUGUGGAAGUUCCGGUAUUUGUAACAUUCCAUUUCAUUAACGCAUACGAGGAGAAAGAUGAUGAUGGAAGGAUAAAGAGUGUGAUCGUGGAUUGCUGUGAGCAUAACGGCGACGCAACCAUCCUGGACAAGCUCAGGCUGCAGAACCUCCGCUCAUUUGACGGAUCAGAAGAUGCCCUACCGGAUGCAAGGGUAGGGAGAUUCAUCAUACCGCUGGACGGCAGUCCCUACGGGGAGUUAGAGGCAGCUCUCGAUCCAAAUCAACACGGGAGAGGCAUGGAUAUGUGCAGCUUCAAUCCUUCCUUCUUGGGCAAAAACUACAGAUAUGCCUACGCCUGUGGUGCCCACAGACCCUGCAACUUCCCCAACACCCUCACCAAGAUUGACUUGGUUGAGAAGAAAGCAAAGAACUGGCUUGAUGAGGGCUCCAUACCCUCUGAACCCUUUUUCGUCGCCCGUCCCGGUGCUACUCAAGAGGACGAUGGAGUGGUGAUAUCAAUCAUAAGUGACAAGAAUGGGGAAGGAUAUGCCUUGCUACUGGAUGGUUCAACAUUUGAAGAGAUUGCAAGAGCAAACUUUCCUUAUGGUCUUCCUUAUGGAUUGCAUGGGUGUUGGGUCCCAAAGGACUAAUUACAUACUACUCUCUCAUCAAGAUUUCUGACACCAGCUGGAAUAGCUAGCUUAUUUAGUCCAUAAUAUCAUAUACGUAUAAUCACACACACACACACAUAUUAUUUCGUACAAUAAUAAAAACCUGAAUGCAACAGAUGAUAUAUAUGUGCAUGCAUGUAUGCCUACAUGAGUCUUAUCUAGCUAGUGUGUUGGGG